CGCCCCGCACAUAGCGGUAACGGCAAAGAGCGGCCGCCCAGUGCGCAGGCGCCUGAGGAAUGGGCGAGGAGCCGGGCCCUAUCCCCUCCGCCGGCCCAGUCCCAACGAUCUCCAACUGCGCAGGCGCCAGACGCAGACAAUGAAAAGGGGCUGUGCGGAGGGUCUCACCCAAAGGCUUCUCCAGCUGCCUAUUGCGCAGGCGUGCUCCAAAGACCCGCUUGAACAAUAAAGAGGGCUCUGGCGCUAGUCGGGACCGCAACUAAAGCGGACUACGCUUCCCAGAGGGCAGCGCGCCAAAUGCAAGCGGACGUUGGGUUGCUGGGCAUGCUAGGAUUUGUAGUGUAGGACGCCUUCACAGUUAGGCUGUUCGGUAGAUUUCAACCUUCUUGAGGAUGUAUUUGGCCGUUUUGGCAAAUGUCGCGGCUGGCAGGUGGAGAGCUUGUUAUUUGUGUUCUUGAGAAGACCCAAGGACCAACCGAAAACUAGCAAACUUGGAAAAGAGUCAAGGCCUCCGUCAGUUGGGUGGUCCAAACCGCAGGGCGGGAUAAAGGCAGGACUCAGCCAGCCUGGGCUAGAGAAAGAGGGCGGAGCCUCCGAGCAGUCUCUUGGCAACCGGAUCUGGCCGCCAAACCGCCAAAGCUUUUAGCGCGAUGUCCUCCGGGAAUUGUAGUACAGUCGGAGGGGUAGUUUAGGAGCCUCCUGACUGCAGGCCAGCAGUCUGCGAACUACAAUUCCCGACGUCCACCAAGAGGGCCACUGGGUGGGAAGCGCCCCCUGCGAGCUCGGUCCGGGGUUCCCUGCUCCCCCAGUGACAGCAGCGGCCGGAAGCAGGCGGGUGCUGCUCCGGCGCCAAGGCCUCUUGCUCCCCGAGGGGCGACACUGGACACUUCCCUACGUAACUCCCAUCCCUGGGCCCCGAGUCUGUGCAUGGCGAAGUCCCCGGAGAACUCUACCCUGGAGGAGAUUCUGGGGAAGUAUCAACGGAGUCUCCGGGAACGUCAGAAUAGAAGCAUUCACCAACUGAAGUAUAUCCUGAAAGAAGGUGAUGUCACUGUGGGAGAAGAUGCACUGGAUCCCGCAUUUAGUACCAGUGUGGGAGAUGAGGAUCCUGGCACUGCCUGGUAUGAACUGCAGCACAGCCAUGCUGUCAAUCAACUCAAAGCUUUGUUGCACCAACAAAAAAGUAAGGAAAGUGAAGUGUCUCCAUCAAGAAAACACGAUGUGUCUGCUCUGAAGUCAUCAGAAUGUGAGGAAGCCAAUAUGCCUACCGUAUACAAUCUUGUUCCUAUCAUCAAUGACCAGUCUCAAUACAUUCAUCAUUUAGAAGCAGAAGUCAAAUUCUACAAGGAUGAACUCUCUGGAAUGAAAAAUAGGAUACAAGUAGCUGAGCUAGAAAAUGAAAAGCUCCAAGAAGAGCUGAAAUCUCAGAGACAAAAGGAAGCAAUGAGGGAACAAACACUUCUGGAUGUAUCUGGAAACCUGAAGAAUUCUUGGAUUACAACAGGUGAAGACUCUGGGAUGGAUGAAGCUGCCAAGAAACGAUUCUCCCAUGGCAAUGUAGAUACUGUCAAGGGUCCAUCUGCCAGUGAGACUGAGAAAUGGAAACUAGAACUGGAGAGGCUAAAUCUUACUUAUGAAGAAAAGACUGGUAUCCUGGAAUCUCAAUUGAAGUUUUUAAGGAAAGACCUAGCUGAAUAUCAGAAAAAUUGUGAAGAUCUUAAAGAGCAACUAAAGCAUAAAGAAUCUCUUCUUGCUACUAAUAUUUCUAAUCGAGUUGGUGGCCUUUGUUUGAAAUGUGCUCAGCAUGAAGCUGUUCUCUCCCAAACCCAUAAUAAUGUUCAUGUGCAGACCAUUGAAAGACUGACUAAGGAAAGGGAUGAUUUAAUGUCUGCGCUGGUUUCCGUCAGGAGCAGCUUGACAGAUGUGCAGCAGAGAGAAGCCAAUGCUUAUGAGCAGGUGAAACAAGCCGUGCAAAUGACGGAGGAGGCCAAUUUUGAGAAAACCAAGGCUUUAAUCCAGUGUGAACAGUUGAAGAAUGAACUGGAGAGGCAGACGGAAAGACUUGAAAAAGAACUCACGGCUCAGCAAGAGAAAAGGGCCUCUGAGAAAGAGAUGAUGAGAAAGGAAAUAACAAAAGAAAGGGAGGACAUGGGAUCAAAGAUGUUGUCCCUGUCUCAAAAUAUUGCACAACUGGAGGCCCAGGUUGAAAAGAUUACAAGAGAGAAGAUUUCAGCUAUUAAUCAACUGGAGGGAAUUCAAAACCAUCUUGCUUCCAAGGAAAUGGAGGCCACAAAGGUGUGCGGGGAAAUGCGCUAUCAGUUGAAUAAAACCAAAAUGGAGAAAGAUGAGGCAGAGAAGGAGCACAGAGAGUACAGAACAAAAACUAAAAGGGAUCUUGAAAUUAAAGAUGAGGAAAUCGAGAAAUUGAGAUUAGAAGUGAGUGAAAGCAAGCAGCACUUGGAACAGGAGCAGCAGAAGGCAGCCCGGGCCAGAGAGGAGAGCCUGAAAUUGACAGAACUGCUGAGCGAAUCCGAGCACCAACUGCACCUCACCAGACUGGAAAAAGAUAGCAUUCAGCAGAGCUUUAGCAACGAAGCAAAGGCUCAAGCCCUUCAGGCCCAGCAAAGAGAGCAGGAGCUGACACAGAAGAUACAGCAAAUGGAGACCCAGCAUGACAAAACUGAAAAUGAACAGUAUUCAUUGCUGACCUCCCAGAAUACAUUUUUGACAAAGUUAAAGGAAGAGUGCUGUGCAUUAGCCAAGAAACUGGAGCAAAUCUCUCAGAAAAGCAGAUCUGAAAUAGCUCAGCUCAGUCAAGAGAAAAAGUAUACAUAUGACAAACUGGAAAAGUUACAGAGAAGAAAUGAUGAAUUGGAGGAACAGUGUGUCCAACAUGGAAGACUACAUGAGAUAAUGAAGCAAAGGCUAAAGCAGCUGGACAAGCACAGCCAGGCCACGGCCCAGCAGCUGGUACAGCUUCUCAACAAGCAGAACCAGCUUCUGCUGGAGAGACAGAGUCUGUCAGAAGAGGUGGGGCGUCUGAGAUCCCAGCUUCAGCAGCUGUAAUCCAUAAACACACCCUGGCAUGGAUCGAGGUCUCCUUCCCAGGACAGGGAAGUGGUGGCUCGCCAGCCUUGCCCUGUCACUGGACUGCCCUUCCUCAAGAGGCAGACACACGUCUGGAGUCCAGUUACCCAGCAUGCGACAAUCUGAUUGCUGACCUGGACGAAACAGAGUGAAAGAAAUGGUUUACAAAGAGAUAUUUACAUUCAUUUGAUUUGUUCGUGAGAUGCCACAACGCACCACGACCUUGCCAGCGGCCAGAGCCUUGGAGGGCAGCGGGCUGCUGGGUCCGCGCCCUGUCCACUGCCUGGAGACACCUGCGAGCCGGGUGGGCUGCAGCUCAGCUCUGGUGCCAGACAAGGAGCCCUCCUGCAGGAUGUUUCCAGAAAUGGCUUGAAGUGAUUAUGUUUUUAGAUAUGCUCAUUUGUAAUGCUGUUACACAUAUGGAUUUCAAUAAAUGAACUUUUUAAAGACCUGAA